AAAUUUACAAUAUAAAUCUGGAUGCCUCACUUUAAGUACCUCAUCUCUUCCAUAUCACGCUGGUCUAAUCUUCUACGUUCUAUUGCAGGUACCUGGUGGGGCUCCCACCCCUCCUCACUCUUACUUAUUUUUAAGGCUCUUAUUCGGUCUAAAGUUGACUAUGGUUCCUUUUUAUACGCCUCGGCUUCCACUGUUCAUCGUAAAAAAAUCAAUUCUCUACUCGCUGCUUGUUUACGCACAAUUAUAGGUGCAGUUUACUCUACCCCUAAUAUGAGUUUAGAAGUAGAAUGUGUAUGCCCUCCAAUUGAAAUUCGAUCUCGUUACUUAGCCUAUAAAUUCCUUUUAAAACAGAUAUCCAGUCCUGCCAAGUUAAUAUUUCAUUGUUUUCAUUCACUAAGCUCACUUUGGCGAUAUGUACCCAAAACUCUUCCUCUACUUGCCUCAAUUUCUACUACCUUGAUUCCCUACCUUAAUUCUAUAAUUACCUCAAUCAAUCGCCUACCUAUAUAUGACAUUCCAUUUCAUGCACUUACUCAUUUUCCAAAAAUUCACUUUAACCAUCUAUUUCUUUCUUAUAGCAAGCCUCAAUUACAAUCUCUCCCAAUUAAUUUCGUCAAUUAUCUUUUUGAUGAACUCAUUUCCUCUCGUUUUGCUAACUACUGCCUCAUAUUCACUGACGGCUCAGUUUAUACUAAUUCCGCCGGUUUUUCCUUUUUUAUUCCUAGUCUAAACAUUAAUUUCUCAGAUAAUCUCCCUUCAAAAGCUUGUUCAUUUACCACCGAAUCUUAUGCGAUAUCCUCGGCUCUCGAAUUCGUCAAAUCACUCAAUAUAAUAAAUAUUCUGAUUGUCUCGGAUUCACUGUCAGUUUUGUCAUCUCUUUCCUCAGUUCCUUUUAAAAAAAGUAGAUCCUUCCUCACAAUCAAAAUUAAAGCCUUAAUUUAUAGUCUCUAUUUAAUGGACAUUAAUGUUGAAUUUUUAUGGUGCCCCAGUCAUGUCGGAAUAUCUGGCAAUGAGAUAGCAGACCAUCUAGCCAAACUGACUAACUCCUUCAACCGACCACCUAUCCUAAAAAUUCCCUCUUCCGAUCUCCUUUCCUCUUUUCAUCCAACUAUUAAUAAAGCAUGGCAAGAUAAAUGGUCUAAUUUUUCUUUAGCUAACUGACAUAAAUCUAUAGUUCCAACUAUCCCUAAACGUCCUUGGUUUUAUAACCUCCCUUUGUCCCGUUUCCAUAUUACCUCUUUUUCCCGUCUUAGAUUUGGUCAUAAUCGGUUACCUAGUCAUGCCUUUAACAUGUCACUAAACCAUUCCCCCUUCUGCCCUAAACACAAUGAUGAAGUCCCCUGUAAUUUUCCUCAUUUACUAUUUGAUUGCCCAGCUUUACAACAUAACCGUUCACUCUUGUUCAAUUUCCUGUCCUCACUUAAUAUUUCACCCAUUAAUAGUUUUAAUAUCCUUAAUACAAAAUCCUCCUCAAUAAUUAUAUAUAUAAU